AUGGUUGGUUCAGCUUCUGGUUCUACCCCCACUCUGCCCCGAGCGGAGGGGGAGGGCCCUCGGGGCCCCUUGGUGCGUCGUGAUCCUGAGGAGGCAGCUCAGGAGGCCUAUGACGAGUUCAUUCGUGCUGAGUUGGGUGAGGCGGCGGCUAAGCAGGCGAGAGAUGGCGAGGCGUUCAGUUGA